AAAUGCUGAGAUUACAUGCAUGAGCCACCACAUUGGGCCUUGUAUUUUUGAUACAGUAUCAGUAUCAAAUUAUUGACUAAGAUGAAGGUUUGUUUUUGAUGACAGUAGAAAUUAUAUUAAAAAUUAUUUUAAAAAUUAAUUUUCGCUUUCUGGCGGUGACGACCUACCCACGAGAACAUGCCUCUCGCGAAGGAUCUUCUUCAUCCCUCUCCAGAAGAGGAGAAGAGGAAACACAAGAAGAAGUCCCUGGUACAGAGCCUCAAUUCCUACUUCAUGGAUGUGAAAUGCCCAGGAUGCUAUAAAAUCACCACGGUCUUUAGCCAUGCACAAAUGGUAGUUGUGUGUGUUGGCUGCUCCACUGUCCUCCGCCAGCCUGCAGGAGAAAAAUCAUGGCUUAUAGUAGGAUGUUCUUUCAGGAGGAAGCAGCACUGAAAGCACUCUGAAUCAAGAUAAGUGAGAAACCAUCUCAAUAAACAAUUUGGAUUAAAAAAAAUUAAUUUUCUUAACAAAGGUAUAACUAGUUUGCAUCACAUAACUAUAUUUCAAGUUAGAACUUAAACUGGAUCAAUCUGUCAAAGAGCUGGUGAGCAGCAUUUGUUAGGAGGCGGAUAGGUGAAGUAUGGUACAAAUGGUCAGGGUAAGAAUUACUUUAGAUCAUGGCAUCUAUUAUCCUGAGUCUAUGUGGGACGCUAGAAUGUUGCAGGGUAGUUGCUAACGACGGAUAACAUUUGAUAGGUAUCAUGAAAGACUUCCAGAAUCUUUCUUAGGAUUGUUAGUUGUGCUUUUCCUUUUGACUGGAAAAACCUUUUCUCUCUGUCUGUCCCAUCCCUUCUUCAUCUGUGAAUUCUUGCUAAUUCUUCAGCUCUUUGCUUAAAUACCACUUUUUCAGAGCUUACUCUGUGAAUAGAACAGGUUUUUUUAUGGUUUUCUGCUCUCU